GGAGGCACCGCCGCCUGGUCCUGCCAUCCCAUUUUAUAGCUCAACUCAACCUGGAGUGGUGGGACUUAAUUCUCUCCUUGCUUUCAGCUCGCACUUUACAGGGAGGCCGUCACUCAGUAUUCCCUGGACAGCCGGGCUGAGUAGAAUAAGGGGGUUUGACUGGAAUAGAUUCUGUCCUUUACGGUGACUUUCCCGAAUCUCACCAGAGUCUUUUGACAGUGUACAGCGCCAGGGGUGGGAGGCGGAGAGGAGGCUUUGAUUAAUAACCGGCUUACUUCUCGUUCUUUGAUCUCGAUUUGUUUCCUUGGCUUCACCCUUGCCCCUUUUCUCGUCCUUCCCGCCUUUAGCGAAGUGACCAGACAACACCUGCUCGCCUGUGUUGGAUGUCUGAACUCGCAUCUUUCCGGUGGUGAUCGUGCCGGCUUGCAGGGGCCGGGGCAGCGGCGGAAUUUCCUUCCUUCCUUCCAGCCCACGAUGCCUAAAGGGGCAGCAGCUGGGCUGCGUGGGGCUUUCCCCGCAGCACUUGGAGGCGGGAUUGAGGAGCUGAAGCUGGCCAGGAGUAGCUGCUAAGUGGACUCCGUGCAAAGUCUCUGAGAGCAUCAGCUGGGACCUAUCUGCUAACGGCGGGAACGGGCACCUGAUCCGACGAUCAGCGUCUUGCGGGCCGAGGGCUGCCAACCUCAGAGCUUCUUCUUCCUGCCCCGAGCCUCCCCUGCAGCUCCCCCGCUUUGGAGACGCGGGACCUGCGGGAGCCAGGGCACUGGAGAAGUCGGUGGCGGAGGCUGCUCUCCGAAGGUGAAUCGGGAGGUCCAAUUGCCUUUCCCCAGAGAGCUGGGGGGGAGGGCGGGAGACCGAACGGAGGGUGUGUGAACGUGUGGGUGAGGGAGAGACGACGUGAGACGAGAGGGAAAGACUUUGUGUUUAAGGCAAACAAAUCCGAGAUGGAGUAAAGACGUAACUGCCGCACGGCCGCCUAGAUUCUCGCAGUCUGGGCGCUGAGCGCACCCCGCGCAUCCGGCGAGGACAGCAGGAGAUCGCGGGCGCGGGCAAGGGCCGCGGGACUCCGGUUUUUCUCAGUAGACAAAUCUUUUGAUUGAUUGAUCACUUUGGCACUGGAAUAAAGAGGGGGAGAGACGAGGCUCACGCGCCCCACCUUCCACCCGCUUUGAGGGGUCCAGUUUGGGUGUCGAGAGGUUCCUGAACCCUCCCGGCCAUCGCAGCGGCAAUCAGCGCGCACACCGCCUCAGGGCCACACUCCGCGCUCUGCACCUGCACACACCGCAGACUUGAGCUCCCUAUGCCCCUGGACGGCGACGGCGGGUUGGCAGCCUGGAAGCGAUGCAAGAGCGGUAAGGCUGGCGCGGGAGCGCGGAAGCUGCCGGAGCCUCGCUAGGUGUUGCCGCCACCGGGAAGCCGGGCUGCAGGAUGAGUAAGAGAUACUUACAGAAAGCAACAAAAGGAAAACUGCUAAUAAUAAUAUUUAUCAUAACCUUGUGGGGGAAAGUUGUAUCCAGUGCAAACCAUCAUAAAGCUCACCAUGUUAAAACGGGCACUUGCGAGGUGGUGGCGCUCCACAGAUGCUGUAAUAAGAACAAGAUAGAAGAACGAUCACAGACAGUCAAGUGCUCCUGCUUCCCCGGGCAGGUGGCCGGCACAACGCGAGCGGCUCCAUCUUGUGUGGACGCUUCAAUAGUAGAACAGAAGUGGUGGUGCCACAUGCAGCCAUGUCUUGAGGGAGAGGAAUGUAAAGUUCUUCCAGAUCGGAAAGGAUGGAGCUGUUCCUCUGGGAAUAAAGUGAAAACAACUAGGGUAACCCAUUAACCCAGGAUAAAUCAAGUGAUCCUCAAGGCCAAUUACAUGGAACAUAUGCACAGAAACUUAACCCCUGAGGUGAUCUUAAAGGAAGAUUUUUAUACUGGUCAGAAGAGGCAGUCCAGAGUCUGUUAUUUCCAAGGGAUUUCAUGGCCCGUCAUCAGCCUCUUCUUGAAAUCAAGACUUUUAAAAAGUCAGACAUGAGCUUCUAUGUCAUGAAGGGUUCACCAGAUUUGAACUGUGUUCAACUUGUAAAAUUGUACUUGCUGAAAGAAUAUGAAGUUGCUGUCUGAAGAGCUGUUGUUUCGGGGUGAUGUCAGAGACUCACCUUUUGGGCUCUUGGCUCCAAAUGUGACUGUUUUCCUUGUUUCUGGAAGUCUCCUGAGUGUACUGGCCUUCUGUCAUGGACGUGCUCCUGGGUCUGGUUCUGUGUUCUUGGCUAGUGGGACUGCACACAGUUUAGUGGUAUUUCCUUUGCAAACUUCUCCUCUGGCAUGGUGUAGAUGGGGACAAUGUUAUUUGUAUCCUAAUCUUGGAGCUCUGAAAGCCUACAUGUUUUAACAUCUUAAAGUUGCUUUUGGUAAAGGAAUGGAAAUAUAUAUCCAUUGAUAAGAAUUACUGUUGGCAAGUAAUAGUUAUCUGACUACAUCAAUCAUAUAAGAAUGCAUACACAAGCUGACAUCUUUCCCCAAGGCUAACACACUACUGCAGCUCUCUGUCAGUUAAAUAGGUAGUAGUUAGAACUGAAUUACCAUUUUCAUUAUAUACUAUUUUGUACUUCUAGAGCACUCUCCCUUUCAGUUUUUUUUAAGUAGGUUUUUUCUUUAGUUUUUCUUUACUUUUUCCCUUCACAGAAAUCAGCAGUGAACAGCCAAGUAUUUUAAGUAGCCUUUGAUUUCACAAGAUUGCCAGGGAUGCAUGUGGGUUUCUGAUUCCUUAGCUUGAAAGUUAUUCACUUAGAUUUCUUCUAAUAUUUUUUUUUAACUGUCCUUUCUAUUUCAUUUUAAAAGACUGUCUCUUGCUUGAUUCCAAUGACUGUUUGAAUGCUUAUAUAUUUGGUCAGUCUAUUGAUAGGAUUAAUUGUUCAUUUUCUGCGGUCUUAAAUUUAUAAAUAUUUGCUUAUAGUUGUUCCAAACAACUUCUUAGGUCAGUUUCUGUCAACAUUUUUAUAGUCAUUUUACAUUUGUGGUUUUCAGUUCUACAUGAAAGUCUUAAAUAUUUAAAGGCCUUAAACAUGUAUGUACUCCUUUUUCCUAAGUUGUUGCAGAAUGUAUAACUUUACACUGUAUUUCUUUCAUUUGUGAUGUGAAGGGAGAGAAUGAAUUGCUUAGCCAUUCGGUAACAAUACCAUGCAAGCAUAUAGUUUGAAAUAAUGUUAUGUUAGGGAAGGUGCGGACAUCUUUCCUAUUUUUUAAAGUGAUGUGGCCAAUUCACUGUAUGUUGGUUUCCAUGAUGGGAGCUGACAUAUCCUGGAGAGCUUCUGUCUGACAGUAACAACUUUCAAAGAUCAAUACUUUGCCCAGAAUACUUUCUGGGCAGAACUGAAAGUGUAAAAUUUAUUAAAAUUUAAUUUUUAAGGUAUACUUUUGAUAUUGAACUAAAGUAUACUGCCCCACAAGUCCAUGGAAUGAAAUGAAAUGAUUUCCUCUCUCCACUUCAAUUACGCACAAAACCAACUAGAUGGCUCCAAGUGGAUUUGCAAUGGUUCAGGACUGUAUAAACUCAUGAAGAAAGGAAUGACACUGUUCUGGAGUUUCUGCAUCAAUUAUAAUAUUAUUAAUUUCUUUGGAACAAAGUAGAAAACUAUAUUAUUUUGAAAAUUAUGAAUUUGUCCUUGGUUUGUUUGAAAUUAUAGAUCAUGUUUCUCUUUUUUUAAAAAAAUAUGUCCUUUAAAACAACACUGGAAAUUCUGUAUUAUAUACAAGUGUAAUACAUGCAUAUCAAUAGAAAAAAAUAAAUGGAAUUUCAAAUAUACUAACUAGAUGAUCCCCAGUAGAUUAAUGUUGUGACUAUUCAGAAAAGGUGAAUAAAAUUGGGAUAUAAAAUGGACUCUCAUGAGUUACAUUUGGAGAAUCUGUUUUCUACUGUUUUAUUUUAAAAGCACUUCAGUGACUAUCCAGGAAGACCUGAAUUCAAGGGAAGCUGACAGAAAUUCUUCAAUCUCCUUUCAAUAAAAUCCAUGGUAAAUCUUGCCAUUUACACAAGGUUCUGAU